GUGGUAUUACAACUCGAUAUGCCUGCUUGGCUCCCUCUACUUUUCCAGUCUUUCCAGCGAACAUGGACACCAGACAUCCCCAGUCCCUAGGGAAAAACGGAACAGGAGGCACCUGGAAACCCUGAUCCCUAGGAGGGUGAGAGGACUGGAUACAGGCUUUUGGUGCUUCCUGGGGAAGCAGAGAUGCAGGAGGAGGAUGGGGUCUGGGUUCCGGGUUCCCAGAAUUGCCUGGCACCUGGUACAAGGAAAGCAGAACAGACGCUCAGCUAGGCUACUUCGUCCAGUUGGCUUCAUGGACAGCACUGGUCACUGUUUACUGCUGGGGAGAACAGAAAGAGAGAGGGAAAAAAGAUGUCUGUGAUAAAAACAAACCUGCUUAUUACAGGAAGAAAAAAUAAUAGGGGUUUAUUGCUGCUCCGACAGAGCUUUUCCCCUUGUGUUGGCAGCUUCUCUGAGGGAGAGACACACAGGAAGAACCAGGAGCCCUGGACUGCACAAACAAGGAACGUAGGAGGAGUCCAUAUAAGCAAAGGGACUGGAAGGAUUUCACCUUGUUGCUGCUUGUUUCAGGCGAUUUUCCGUCCUCCUCCUUCUUGAAACGCCCCAGCAGAGGGUUUCUUUGUUGCUUUCACGACCGACCAGAAGCAAAUCCUUUGCCUGUUUUUUGGAGGUGGUUUUUACUGCGGUUCCCUUGCAAGAAACAGACCAGCACCUUCCUGCUAGCAGGGAAAUCUGAUCAACUGAGGUUUCCCCCACCUCCGGCUGAGUGUGAGAGUUCGAGUGACACCCCUACUGGCCUGUAGCUGACUUCAAAUCUAACUGGACUCACAGCUAGGGCUGCUAAAUCUACCUGGUCAAGGACCCUUCAAACCCUCAUAUUGAUGACAGAUUUGUAGCCAAAGGAAAACCGGAUUAAUAUAAUUGUGGAGCUCUGGGGGGAUAUCUUGAGACUACUCUGUCUGCAUGGCUAAUCUUGAAAUUGUCUGAAAUAAAUCUUUAGUGCAAGGAGUAGUGCGAUAUUUCCCCUUGGUUUUAGGUUUAUUUUCUACUCAUACAAGCAUUUAACACUUUUGUAGCAGGGGUUUAACGGGGAAUGGGACACAUACGGAACACUAACCUGCUCCAUAACAAUCACAAGUGGGAAUAGUUUCCGUCAUCUUUGCGGUAUGAAAGGUGCUCUCUGGAUUGUCUGCUGGUGGCUCUCUAAAUGGAUCAAUCUCUCUCUGCUUUUGCUAGCGAUGUGAUGAAGGAUCCAGAUUUAUUGGAAUACUAACGCCAAUAAACUUACUCUCUCAGCGUUGAAGGCAUUGGAUGUGACAGUGCAAAGAAACAUGUGUUUCACAUUUCUGCCUGGUUGUUUUGGUGCAAUCAAUACCUCCACAAGAUACAUUGAUUUAGAUGGCGAUUAUAACACAGUCAUGCACACGGCGUGCUGCCUUCGGGUUGCAUGCAAAGUGAGCACAAAUCACCGAGUCCUCCGCUCCUGUAAACCGGGGGUGUCUGUUCCCCCCAAACUUCAGGAUGAAGGCAAAGGGCGAUGUCCUCAACCCACCAAAGAGAAACCGGCCUCGGGGUGUGGAGUGAUCAAUGGCCAAAGAGCUGACAAAACUGUCACCAGGCAGUCGGAUCGACUGGGGAUCCGUGAAGAAAUAAUAGUUGGAAGAAAGGUGGAUCGAGAAAUUAUUGCACGAAGGAAUAGCUGGAGAGACCGGAUGAUGAUAAAGUUAAACUUCUGUUUCUUCUUCUGUCGCGGAUGGUGGGCGUUUCUGUUGAUUCAGCUCCACAUGUUGCAAGCACUGGCACAAGAUGACGUUGCACCAUACUUCAAGACUGAGCCUGGUUUGCCCCAGAUCCAUCUAGAGGGGAACCGUCUUGUACUCACGUGCCUUGCGGAAGGCAGCUGGCCCUUGGAAUUUAAGUGGUUACACAAUGACACUGAAAUCACGGCCUACUCCACUGAAUAUAAAUACAUCAUCCCAACCUUGCAAAGGUCCCAUGCUGGGUUUUAUCAAUGUGUGGUGCGGAACAGGAUGGGGGCACUCUUGCAAAGGAAAUCUGAAGUUCAAGUGGCAUAUAUGGGAAAUUUCAUGGACACAGACCAGAGAAAAACAGUGUCACAAGGACAAGCUGCAGUUCUAGAAUUCCUGUACAUCAUCAGCUAUCCCAGACCACAAGUGACUUGGUUUAGAGAUGGCCACAAGAUUAUUCCAAGCAGCAGAAUAGCUAUAACACUGGAGAAUCAGUUGGUGAUCCUUGCAGCAGAAGCAACAGAUGCAGGAGGUUACUAUGUCCAAGCAGUCAAUGAAAAAAAUGGAGAGAACAAGACGAGUCCAUUUCUUUAUCUGAGUGUAGCGAAUGCCAACAAUGUGUCUGACACCACAGCUCCUAUCAUUGUAGUCCCUCCGCGUAACACCAGUGUGGUAGCAGGGAGCAGUGAAAUCACACUGGAAUGUGUGGCCAAUGCAAGACCCGUUGAGAAACUGAGCAUGACCUGGAAGAGAAAUGGAAUAAAAAUAAGCAGUGGGAUUAACAGUUUUGGGAGACGUCUUACUAUCACCAACCCAACCACUGCUGACAUUGGGAUGUACUUUUGUGAGGCAGAGUUGAAAGACAGCACUGUUGAGCCGGCAAGAGCAAAGGCCUUCCUCUCUAUAAUGGAGCCACCCUAUUUCACUGCUGAGCCUGAGAGUCGAAUUUUGGCCGAGGUGGAGAAAACAGUGGACCUCUUAUGUCAGGCAAUGGGAGUUCCCAUUCCCACUCUAGCCUGGUAUAAGGACUCUGUUCCUAUCAACGAGCUACAGAAUCCUCGUUACAAAGUGCUAACGGAUGGGGGGCUGCAGAUCCAGGGACUGCAUCCUGAUGACUCCGGAAUCUUUCAGUGUUUUGCCAGUAAUAAAGCUGGAGAAAUACAGACUCACACCUACCUGGAUGUAACCAAUAUUACACCAACAUUUACCCGACCUCCAAUGGACACUACUGUUACAGAAGGGAUGACUGCAGUAUUAAGCUGUGAGGUUACUGGGGCUCCAAAACCUGCCAUCACAUGGAAAAGGGGGAACCAGAUCUUAGCCAGUGGCUCUGUUCAGAUUCCCAGGUUCAUUCUUCUUGAAUCUGGUGGGCUCCAGAUUAUUCCCGUCUUCCUCCAGGAUGCUGGCAAUUAUACCUGCUAUGCAGUCAACUCUGAAGGAGCCCUGAAUGCUUUCGCUAUCCUGACUGUUUGGAAUCGCACUUUUAUUGUUCACCCUCCUGAAGACAGCACUGUUAUUAAGGGAACCACAGCCACUCUACAAUGUGAAGCAACUCAUGACCCUAGAAUUUCAAUCAGGUAUGUUUGGAAGAAGGAUGGCAUUGUAAUAAACCCAUCUAGCAGUUCCCGAGUUACAGUAGAGAAAGGUGGUACCCUCCUUAUUAGCCAGACCUGGUCAGGUGACAUCGGAGACUACACCUGUGAGGUUAUUUCUUUCGGAGGAAAUGAUUCGAGAAAGGCUCGACUAGAAGUGAUAGAGCUGCCUCACUCCCCUCAGAAUCUUCUGGCCAUCCUGAAUUCUUCAUACAGCCACAGCGUGAUGCUUUCCUGGGUGCGUCCCUUUGAUGGAAACAGCCCUGUUCUCUACUAUAUAGUAGAGUUGUCUGAGAACAACUCUCCCUGGAAAGUGCAUCUAUCAAAUGUUAACCCUAAGAUGACCAGUAUCACUGUGAGUGGAUUAACUCCAGCCCGUACCUACCAAUUUAGGAUGUGCGCUGUUAACCAGGUGGGCAAGGGCCAGUAUAGCACUGAGACCAGCAGAUUGAUGUUACCUGAAGAACCUCCCAGCGCUCCUCCUAAAAACAUAGUAGCGAGUGGACGUACCAAUCAGUCUAUCAUGGUUCAGUGGCAGCCUCCUCCUGAAAGUGAACAUAAUGGGGUUCUCCAUGGGUACAUCCUAAGGUAUCGCCUGGCAGGCCUCCCUGGGGAGUAUCACUAUAAGAACAUCACCAGCGCAGAGAUUAACUACUGUUUGGUGAAAGACCUGAUCAUCUGGACUCAGUAUGAAAUCCAGGUGGCAUCUUACAAUGGAGCCGGGCUGGGAGCAUUCAGCAGAGCAGUGACAGAGUACACUUUACAGGGAGUGCCUACAGCUCCACCACAGAAUGUGCAAGCUGAAGCUGUGAACUCCACGACCAUCCAGUUCCUAUGGAAUCCUCCACCACAGCAGUUUAUCAAUGGUAUCAAUCAGGGAUACAAGCUCCUGGCAUGGCCAGUGGCUGCACCAGAGUCUGUGACUGUGGUCACCAUUGCUCCUGAUUUUCAUGGAGUUCACAGUGGCUGCAUUACCAACUUGAAGAAAUUCACUGCUUAUUACACAUCAGUUCUAUGUUUCACCACACCAGGGGAUGGACCACAAAGCCCACCAGAGCUGCUGUGCACUCAUGAAGAUAAGCCAGGAGCUGUGGGACACCUGAGUUUCACUGAGAUUCUGGACACGUCUCUCAAGGUCAGCUGGCAGGAACCUGUAGAGAAAAAUGGCAUAAUUACAGGCUACCAGAUCUCCUGGGAGGUGUACAGCAGGAAUGAAUCUCGUCUGGCUCGCACUCUAGCCAACACAACCCUUGAAUACAAAAUCACUGGGCUGUCGUCUCUCACGACCUACACUAUUGAGGUGGCAGCUAUGACUACAAAAGGCACUGGGUUGGUCACCUCCUCUACCAUUUCCUCUGGAGUGCCCCCAGAACUCCCGGGUGCCCCAUCUAAUCUGGUUAUUUCUAACAUCAGUCCUCGCUCUGCCACGCUUCAGUUCCGGCCUGGAUAUGAUGGGAAAACCUCCAUCUCCAAGUGGAUAGUAGAGGGGCAGGAAGAACAAAACGAUCAACAAAGGAAACUCAGGAGCAAACUGAAGGUUUCUUGUAUGGUUGGUGUUCUAGGAGAGGAGGAGGAGUGGGUGAGUCUAUAUGAGGUGGAGAACGAACCUGAUGCCCAGAUGCUGGAGAUACCAAAUCUCAUUCCAUACACUCAUUACAGAUUCCGGAUGAGACAGGUGAACAUUGUCGGCCAAAGCCCACUCAGCCAACCAUCUCGUGUCAUCCAGACACUGCAGGCACCACCAGAUGUUGCACCAGGGAGCGUUACUGUACGCACUGCCAGCGAGACUAGCUUGUGGAUCCGAUGGAUGCCUCUCCCGGAUGCUCAAUAUAAUGGCAACCCAGAGUCGGUGGGUUACAGGAUAAAAUUGUGGCGUGUGGAUCUGCAGUCUCCAGUGCUCAUGAAGAUCAUCAGUGACCGGCUGGAAAGGGAAUAUACUGUUGAGGAUCUGGAGGAGUGGGUAGAAUAUGAACUGCAGAUUCAGGCCUUCAAUGCCAUCGGGGCAGGACCCUGGAGUGAAGUGGUGAGAAGUUGCACACGGGAGUCUGUUCCUUCUGCUCCCCCUGAGAAUGUGUCAGCUGAAGCAGUAAGCUCCACCCAGAUCCUACUGACAUGGACAUCAGUACCUGAACCAGAGCAAAAUGGACUUAUUCUGGGCUACAAGAUUCUGUUUAAAGCAAAAGAUUUGGACUCUGAACCAAAGACCCAAAUAGUGAGAGGUAACCACACCCAGAGUGUCCUGCUGGCCAGCUUGAGGAAAUAUGUUCUUUAUGAGAUUCAGGUGCUGGCAUUCACACGUAUUGGAGAUGGGGUCCCUAACUUCCCUCCAGUCAUAGAGAGAACCAAGGAUGAUGCCCCAGGACCUCCUGUGAGGCUGGUGUUCCCUGAAGUGAGACUGGCAUCAGUACGAAUUGUGUGGCAACCACCAGAGGAACCCAAUGGAAUUAUUCUGGGAUAUCAAAUUGCAUACCGCCUGGCAACCAGCAGCCCUAACAAGUUCACCACAGUGGAAGUUGGCUCAACAGUCAGACAGUUCACAGCUACCGAUCUCAGCCCUGAGUCUGCAUACAUCUUCCGGACAUCUGCCAAGACCAGACAGGGCUGGGGAGAGCCUCUGGAAGCCACAGUAAUCACUACAGAAAAGAGAGAGCGGCCAGCACCUCCCAGAGAGCUGAGGAUACCGCAGUCUGAGGUGUCAUCACAGAGCCUGCAGUUACAAUGGGUUCCUGGUAGUGAUGGAUCUUCACCAAUACGGUACUUCACUGUGGAAGUGCGGGAGCUACCAAAUGGAGAAUGGAAAACCUAUUCCUCUUCCAUCAGUCAUGAGGCAACGUCCUGUGUUAUUGAGAGGCUAAACCCAUUUACCUCUUAUAAGCUGCGCCUGAAAGCAACCAAUGAUAUUGGAGAUAGUGACUACAGUGCUGAGACAGAAGCAGUCACUACUCUGCAGGAUGUUCCAGGUGAACCUCCACGGUCUGUAUCGGUAACUCCCCACACCACCUCCUCUGUCCUCGUUCAGUGGCAGCCCCCAAAGGUUGAGAGUCUGAAUGGCUUGCUGUUGGGGUAUCGGAUUUAUUACCGGGAGCUGGAGUAUGAAACUGGGCCUGGAACAGAGUCCAAGACUAUUAAAAUCCCUUCAGCUUUACGAGCUGAGCUUACACCCCAAAGCAGCUUCCAGACAGUGAAUAGCCCCUCUGCAUUAACGACGUAUGAAUUAACACAGCUGAAGAAAUACAAGAGAUAUGAAGUUGUAAUAACAGCAUAUAACAUCAUUGGGGAGAGCCCUACCAGUGCACCUGUGGAAGUGUUUGUUGGUGAAGCAGCACCAGCAAUGGCCCCACAGACCAUCCAAGUAAAUGCCCUUACUGCGAGCCAGCUAGAGAUCACCUGGGACCCACCUCCUGUCGACAGCCAAAAUGGGAACAUACAAGGCUACAAGAUUUAUUACUGGGAGAUGGACAUCCAGAAUGACACUGGGAAAGUGAAGGUCCUUUUCCUCCCAGAGACAACAGUUCGGCUGAAAAAUCUGACCAGCCACACCAAAUACAUGAUCUGCAUAUCUGCCUUCAAUGCAGCGGGGGAUGGACCAAGAAGCAGCCCCAGGCAGGGCAGGACACACCAGGCUGCCCCCAGCGCUCCUAGCUUCCUGGCAUUCUCAGAAAUCACUUGCACUACACUCAAUGUGUCUUGGGGAGAGCCGACGGCAGCAAAUGGAUUCCUGCAGGGUUAUCGAGUGGUGUAUGAGCCCUUGGCACCAGUCCAGGGGGUGAGUAAGGUGGUGACUGUGGACAUACAAGGAAAUUGGCAGCGCUGGUUAAAGGUCCGAGAUCUCACCAAGGGGGUGACCUACCUAUUCAGAGUGCAAGCCAGAACCAUCGCCUAUGGACCCGAGCUACAAGCCAACAUCACAGCUGGGCCAGCAGAGGGGUCUCCUGGUUCCCCUCAAGAAAUUCUGGCUACAAAAUCUGCUUCUGGGCUGACUCUGCAGUGGACUGAGGGCGAUUCAGGGGACAAACCCACAACUGGCUACAUCAUAGAGGCACGGCCAUCAGAUGAAGGACUGUGGGAUACGUUUGUGAAGGACAUCCCCCGCAGUGCUACCUCCUACACAGUCGGUCUGGACAAGCUAAAACAGGGGGUGAGCUAUGAAUUCCGAGUGGUUGCAAUAAAUGAGUUUGGCUAUGGAGAACCAAGCAUCCCAUCUGCAGCAGUAUCAGCCCAACUGGAAACCCCUUUCUACGAAGAGUGGUGGUUCCUGCUAGUGAUGGCUCUGUCUAGUCUCAUCCUCAUCCUGUUAGUGGUGUUCGCAUUGGUCCUGCAUGGCCAGAGCAGGAAAUACAAGAACUGCAGCACAGGUAAAAACAUCUCGAAUGUGGAAGAGUCGGUCACACUUGAUAACGGAGGCUUCACAUCCCUGGAGCUCAACAGCCGACAUCUCAACGUAAAGAGCACUUUCUCCAAGAAGAAUGGGACGAGGUCCCCUCCUCGCCCAAGCCCUGGUGGGCUGCACUACUCAGAUGAGGAUAUCUGCAACAAGUACAAUGGAGCAGCGCUGACUGAGAGUGUGGCCCUGAAUGAGAAGCCUUUGGAAGUGUCCGAAUCAGAGGCCACUGACUCAGAUUAUGAAGAUGAGAUGCCAAAGCACUCUUUUGUGAACCAUUAUAUGAGUGACCCCACAUACUACAAUUCUUGGAAGCGUCAGCAGAAAGGUGUGAAGCACCCAACGCCCUACAGGUACGAAGAGUGCGCGGCGAGUGAGACAGAACCCUAUUUCCAGACUGUCAUCACAACGCAGAGCACAGGUGGGGUGUACACCCCAACAGGACAGCCUGCUCCCGGCUCACGGACUCCAGUGACAGGGUUCUCCUCCUUUGUCUGACACUGGGAGGGACCUGACAGCACAGCGGAAACUCCUGUGGAGAUGAGAAUGACCUAUCACAGUGACUGCGUGUGUGAUCGGUGCAGUGAACUGUGGGGCAAUUUCUCUAUCAGGGUAGAACAGAGGUGAACAUGAAUGAGUCUAUUUUUCUGAAGACAAUCAACUCUUAAAACACGGAGCUGAACGUGCUAAACUUUUGUUUAAAAAAAAAAAUUCUGAAAAGGUACAAUUUUAACCACUUGUGAAUAGUAGGGGGGGUUUUUAACCACUUUUGUAACACUGCUUCAGGAAGCAGUUUCCAUAUUCUUCUUUCCUCUUUCCAACCGAGGAGGUGAAUUCCCUUGAUGCAGUGGGUGACUUUGUGAUGUAAUUUGAGGAGAAAACACGGGAAACCUCCCAAGAGCUCCCCUCCCCGUCAGGAUCAAGUAGGAAUAUUUAAAGAGGGGGGAAUGUUUUUCAUAAAAAGCCACAACAUUCUUUCCCCUGCUCCUUAUCACCAUUCUGCCUCCACCUUAGAAACACCAGCUGAUUAGUUUACAGUGGUAUCACUUCUCUUGCCUGUAGGUUCGCUACGGGUGUUUCUGAUAACGAAUAUCUUACCUGCUUUUCUAUCCUACUCAAACAGGGUUUUUGAAUUUCUAAAAUAUUCCCACCCCCGGGCUCCUCUAAGAGGAGACAGCUUGGAAGCGCUGUAGAUGGUACUGGGUGAAGCAGCUAGGAUGCUAUUCUGAUGUGGUGUCCGUUUGUUCUUGGUGUGGCUCUAACCCUCCUUUGGUACCAUUUCAAGUGCAAAUCUGAAAGGAAAAAAUAGCAAGAAGAGGAAAAAUUGAAUGAACGUGACAGUUACAAACUGGGGAACCUGCUAACUGAUUGAUUGGUUUUCAGUAAUCAAAGUUGUCCUUCCUUGUCAAUAGAAGCCAAGCGCCUUCCUCCCCGCCAUGCCGCUCUGACUUGAUUCUGCAGCACUGCCCACUGAGCUGUAAAAAGUACAUAUUGUUAACAGGGCGGUUUGUUUUUUAUUUAAUACAAAGACCACAUCACACAAAGGGGGUGAGUUUUGGUGUCCGCAGGUGCCUUUUAUUGAUUGGUGCAGCUUUGUACAUGAGAGAAACGACAAAAUGUCUCCAAAUCAAGUUCAACGGGUUUUCAAACGUUAGGGUUGCAAAUUACCUCGUGCACAUUUACAGGCUCACUCUGUGCACCGAACCUCCAGUCGUUAGAAAUGAGAGACCUUUUUUGGUUUGUUUUACAUCCAUUUUGUACUGCCCCAUUUUUGACCCGCAGAGCUGCAGGCUUUUACCCAAGUCUGUUGUGUUUAUCAGCAAGGGGUUGUUUUCAAGCGGAAGCUGUCAGUGGUUUAAAGAAUCCCAGUCCAGCUUUUGGAUUUAGCAACAGUCCUGCAACACCAUUUCUACAUGAGGUGUUUGAAACAAUUAGUGUGGAGUAAUCAUGUCCUUGGCACUGCUGCCAUCUGGCAGUUCCUUCCAGAUGUGUUUGGGGAACAGCCAUGAAAAAUUGGCACUGCUGCAACUUAUUCAGGCACCUUUGGGACGGGUGUGGAAUAGCCUUGGCAUUACUAUCCUUGCUAUUUGUCCGCAUCUCUCAGCAGAGCCCUGAAACAGCUUUGGCAUUGUCCCAGCUGCUCCCUGCCAAUGGCCUUUAGGGCGGGUUUGAAACAGUCAUUGCAUUAUUACUGCUGUUACCUGCCAGUGCCUCUUCAGGGCAGAUGAGGAACAGAUUAGGCAUUGGCACUUCUUCUGGACAGGUGUGGUGCAACCACAACCUCAGCACAACUGUUAUCUUUCCGUGCCUGCUCAGAGCAGGCGACUGCUUUAUCCUUUAGUACUGCCUCCGGGCACUGCAGCUCUCGGGGCAUACUCUGUGUAGCCUUGACAUGGGAUUUAUGUUCCUUUCCAAAAAAAAGGAAGCGAUUCCAAACCAAAAACUUCAGAGAGUGCGUUUAACAGCUUUUGAAGUUGAGAUAACUAUCCGCAGUUCUUGGGAUGGAAAGUGUCUUGGAGAGACGUGUGCUUGAGGGAAGAAAGGAUCCUCCCUCUUUUCCAGUACUGCUUGUGCACAGGGGACAACUGGAACUUGCUGUGAAGGUGAAUGUAGAAAUGGAGAACAUGGAAAGAAACGACUGCCUUUCUGUGCACUUUGACUGUUCUCUUAAGCCAUAUGGACAUUGCUUUAAUUAAUUAACUGAAGAGAAUUUGUUUUGAAUCUAUUAUUUGAAUUUUUGUUUUGUUUCUUGGGGAAAAUUACAUGAGUGAGGGUUUUGCUUUGAUUUUUUUAAUAGCCGCAUUAUUUCCUGUGAUUUGAUUUUUUUCAGCUUUAUUAUUUCCUGUGUCUGAGUGUGUAUUUUUAGAUUUGUUUGGGGUUUUUUUGUACAGAAUUGUUUCUACAGUGUAGCUGCCCUGGCAGUGUGAUUGCUGUUGGAAUUUUAGCAACUGCACUGAUCCAAUAGCCUUGAGGGAUGAUGUUAGUGGAAGCAUGUUUCCAGGCCCUUUCUGGUAAGAUACAUGGAUUGGAAGGGCUUAGAUCCAAACCUGGAAAGGCUUAGGUCCAAAGUCAGCCUUAGCUUAAGCAGGUGCACCACCACUGAUGACAACACCAGGUCUGAAUGUGGCACAUGAUAGAGCACUUCCUGGAAUAGUGUUACCACCGCAUUGGUUUGUAUCCCAACUUCCAUUCUCAUUUUGCAAACAGCUAGUGAACAGUGCAUGAUAAAAGGAAAUGGACCUUAAUGGCAACCAUUCCCCUGUGGCUUGAAGAGGGCAACGGUGAGAACUUGAUAGGGUGAGGUGAAGGGAAUAUUCCUCCUUCCUUAGACCCUUCUGCUAGUUAACAAAAUUCCUGACAGUUGAGUUUGUUGAGGGCCUGCUGCAUUGGCUGUAUGAGAACUCUCUUUGACUCCCAAAUAAAAAUGUCAAGUGUGAUUCUUUUAGGACCUGUUGACACUAACAGAGUAAGUUCUACUCAGUUCUACUCUACCAGUCAUUUCCACAUCUGUACAUUUAUUUAGGUUACCCUAUCCAUAAAGAAUGGAAGUGCAUGGCAUUAGUUACUCUUACCAAAUGGGAAUAUAACAUGCAUUACCCCUCCCACUAUCGUGUAUCAUAGUUAAACACAUGAUGAAGUUGAGCCUCCCGUCAUCUGCUGUUAGUAUUCUGUAGUUGAAAAAGUAUGAUUAAUAGUUGUGUUUUAUUUAUUAGGAUUUAUGGGAUUUAAGAUAAAUUGCCAUGUCUGGCAUGACGCGCCCCAUCAGUUAGCAAGAAAGUCCCUGUUUCAAAGCUGUGAUCUUUGGGAAUCAGAUCCUUUAAAAGUUAUGUUUCAAGUCUGAGGAAAACUCAAGACACCAUUCCACAUUUUAGCCAAUAAGACCUGAGUAUGCAAAUAAACUAAAGCGCACUAUAGGUUGAGAUAGCUGUAUGUCAAAAUCCUUCUACCCAUCACACCCACCUUCCACCAUAUCACUGUUCAGAACAAUCGUUUAAUUCAAAGCUUAUAUUUAAAAAAUCUGUUUCACUCCUUUGCUCCCUCCCUCCCCCGUGGAUCUAUUUAAAAACAAAAGCAGCAUAAUUAACGAAUCCAUGCAGGAGCACAGAGGGACAUCUCUGAUCUGAUUUUAAUGGAAACAUGUUUUUCUUGUCGUAGCCUUCAAAUAUAUCAAACCUCACACAGGAAAACAGUGCAUAAUAUUACACACCCAUCUCUGGGCUCAGAUUUCGCUGCAAACCACUCAGUCAAUGAUGUCAUCUUUGAUGUGAGCAUAUAACCUGAAUCUCAAGUUAUCCGUGUAACAAAUCUAACUCUGUUGGAAAAACUCACACGGAUUAAAAACCCCUCUACAAAUCUUUUGUAUCAUUUCUGCAUAAUUCUAAAUAUGGAUUUUUCUUAACCUCUGGUUCUGUUUCAUAAACAACAUUGUCCCCCACCAAGCCUCAAUCAUUCACUCGCUCUUUGGAAUGCUCUACAAGAUCUCUGUUUAAUGUCUCCACCGAGAAACAAGGUGGGUGGGGUAAUAUCUUUUAUUGUACCAACAAGCUUUCAAGCCACACAGAGCUCUUCUUCAGGUCUGGGAAAGGUACCCCCAGCAUCACAGCAUGAUUUUUAGUGUCUAGCAGAGUGUGUCCUGGUCUGUGGGGAGCUUGUUUCUGGGCUUCAAACUCCUCUGGCCUUUAAACAACACCCCAACCUUUCCAAGCUCAUCACCAAAAGCAAGCUCCCCAUAGACCAGGAAACAUCAACUCAAAGCGGCAACAGACCCUGCCGGAACAAUAGGGCAACAUCUGCAGACAUAUAGCUGCUGCUUCAAUGAUCAACAUCCUCCACAAUAAACCUUUCAAGACCCUUGGAUCCUACACGUGCCUAUCACAACAUGCGGUGUACCUCAUCCAGUGCAUAAAUGCCCCAAUAACAGCUAUGUGGGUGAAAACAGACAAUCACUUGUGCUCUCACAUGAAUUCACACAGGAAAAUAAUAAAUGACAAAAACACCGUAUCAUCUGUGGGUGAACACUUUUCACAAAGCGAUCACUCUAUAUCUGACCUCUCAGUCCUCAUCCUCAACAGAAACCUACACAACACUUUCGAAAGAAAGCCUGGGAACUUAAGUUCAUUACUCUGCUAAACACUAAAAAUCAUGGACUGAACAGAGACACUGGAUUUGUGGCUAAUUACAACAACCUGUAACCCACUAACCCCCUCUUUUUGUCCUAUGACUGCAGAGGUCUUAAUGGGACACUUCAAGGCUAUUACUGCAUAUGGCAAAAACCAAAACAAAUCGUGCAGUGAGAGAUUAAAUCUGAAAGCAAAGAGGGAAUAUGCAAUUUAAGUAUUUUGCAACUGCAAACUUUAGGGCAGGGUUAAGGCUCCUUUAGAAAUUUGACCUACUCUUCCUAAUUUUUAUUUGUGUUAUCUUUACUUUUGCUUUUAAGACCAUAACAAAAUAUCUUGAUGAGCCGCUCCUUUGCCCUCAAUUGCUGCCAUGGAGUGCAAGGACACUAGGGUCCCAAGAACGUUACAUAAAGAGGAAAGAGAGUCUCUUGAAAUCAGUAUCUGCAUUUCUUUUUUGUGUAGAUGAGCUUUUAACUUGGGGUUUGACCUAUUCCCCCCACCCCCACCUCCUCAAACAAAUCUGUCUUGGGCAUCUUCAAUUCAUUCAGUCUAGUCUACAGGUUUGAUACAGGAGUGGGUUGGGUGAGAUUCUGUGGCCUGCAUUGUGCAGGAGGUCAGACUAGAUGAUCAUAAUGGUCCCUUCUGACCUUAAAGUCUAUGAGUCUAUGAGUCUAAGUCCCUUACAAUAUGUGCUAACUACUUACGCUACACAAUCCUUGCAUUUUGUACCCAUCCCAGACCUGAAGAAGAGCUCUAUGUAGCUUGAAAGCUUGUCUCUCUCACCAGUAGAAAUUGGUUCAAUAAAAUAUCUUACCUUACCCACCUUGUCUGUCUAAUAUCCUGGGACCAACACAGCUACAACUACACUGCGUACAAUAAUGUAUCAAUCCUAAUUCCUGACAAUUGCUGAAAUCGUGUGCUACGCUGCAGUACUAAUGAAGAGACAGGAGAGGGCACUGUUUCACUUUAAUCAAUGACAGCCUCUUGCUUUUUUCUUCAUGGCCAGCAGUUGCCUGGGGACGUGAAUGGAAAGGGGUGAAAAGUUCCAACAGCAUUUACUAAAGGAAUAACAGUCUGCUUUGCAGUGUUGCUUUUGGAAGUAAUUGCUGCCACUGCAGAGAAGAAGAAAUAUUUGAAAAGGGGGGCUGGUUAUUUACCCAAUGGGAAAUGUUUUGCCUUUAUCUGAGUGCGAAAAUACAGGCCAGUGACAUUUUCCAGGUUGGCUGAGGUCUCAUUUGAGUCCAAACUCCCAGAUCAACAUCAGACUGCUGCAGUAUUUGGUCAGAGCAAGCGUCUGACUUUGGCUCCUCCAUGUGAAGAUGCACUUACUAUCCUUAUCAUUGCUGCCCUCAAGAAAUCCCUGGCUUACACAAAAGGCUCCAAGAUGCUUCUCGGAAAGGACGUAGAGGUAGCUUUUUGUGCAUACACAGCACUGCUGUCUUCCCCGUUUACUCUUCACAAUCCUCAUAAUCAAAACACAUCAGUCUAUGAUAUGUUCACUGAUUGCAGAAAAUGAAAUUAUCAGGAUAUGAAAAUAAAUCGCUUUGACAGGCCUACUGGAAAUCAGCUGAGUCUUGAAAACUAGGGCUGUACAAGAGAGAGCACGGACGUGAUUUCAGACACUGCUUUCUGUCUGAGAGCUCCUCCAUAAAUAGCCAGCAGCAGGGAGUGUGCAUUAACGGAUGAGCUGUGGAGGAGGAAGGCCAUCACAGAACUAGGUGCUAGUAGAUGCCUUGUGUUGUGUACAGGCUGGGAGUCAAACCUCAGUGUUUGCCAGUUCCCAGUUAAGUGAGACAUAGAACUAAAGCUCAUUUGGGGAGCAGAGUGUGGUUGUUUUGUGUACACAAAAGCCACUGAUUACAUUGGCUGAAACGUUCUCCCUGCAGAAAGUCAUCCCCCAAGUUUGGAGCGGAGUUAUUGCAGGGAAUGAAAAUGAUAGAGAGAUGGAUGGGCCUAUGCAGGUGAGUCUAAGAACUUCAUCUUUGUAGAUAACCCUUCACCCCCAAUAGCCAAACAAACUUGGUUUGCUGUCCAGCUACUGGUAGUGGAGUGCCUGCACUGAUAAGCACAUUCACCAUGCACGGGACAGAUGAAGGAGAAGUGGAUUGGAUCAGACAGAAUCAGUCAAUGACCUUCCAUAUACAUAUCUGGAUAAGGGAUGUACUUCCAUUGUGACGUGAGUUUCAGGAUCUGACCCAGGAUGAUUAUCCUCUCAGAGUUGCCACAGGCACCUUUUUAGUAGUGUCUUCUUCCUCCUCGAGGUUAGUCGUGACUUGUUAGGAGAAUAGUGAUUUUCAACCCAAUUAGAUUUGAUCAUUGAUCUUGGCGCUUAUAUCUUUGGCUUUGCAGGCCUGAAGCAGGAUUUUAUAGCAAAGGCAUCCUCCAUGCAUGUCUGUUUCUCUGCACUGCACACUAAGCCCAGGCUCUUCCAUCCACACACAAAUCAGUCUGACUCGGAUCAGCAGGAAAUCAGGACCCAGGUCCUUGGACCCUGCUACUGGGGAUGGGUCAGAGCCCAAGUCCUGCUGUAACUCAGGUCUAAGCCCUUUCAUUUUGCAGUGUGUAUGCGGGUCAAGCCGCAGUCCCAAGGCAGAUGGUCUGAGUAGUGUAAUAUGGACAUGUUAGCCUGGCUGUGAGACCUGGGUCCAGCAUUUGUAAAACCAGGGUUACAGUGCAGUGUAGAUGGGCUUGCAAACACUUGGUAGGUCUACACAGCCAUUACACACCCCCAUGGCUGGCCUGUGUCAGCUGACUCAGGGUCCCAGGGCUCAGGCGGCCCCCACCCCAACAGAGUCCCAGAGCUCGAGCUCCAGCCUGAGCCCAAACAUCUACGUCACAAUUAAACAGCCCCCGUAACGCGACUCCUGUGAGUGUAGUUAGCUGACACGAGCAGCGUAGACAUACCCACCAGGUUCGCAAGCCCAAGUCCCACCGGCCCAGGCUUAGCGUGCAGAGCAGAUAUACCUCAAGGCAUCUAAGCCAAGUCUGGAAACGAGAUCUUCCUAGUCAUGCGUCAGGUGGAGCCUUGCAGGUGGGGGUAUGGUAUGUUUGCACUAGACCUAGCGUACUGUAUAUGUCUAACCCUGUGAAUAGCAGGCACUGCUGUGACCUAUGUCUGUACAGUGUGAGGUCUCAGGUAGCAGAAAGGUGCAAGAAAACUGUACAUUGAGUUUGUAGCCACACACUUGUUACUCUUCAAAUGGAGAUGUAGUCGUUUGAUGUGUCUGCUGUCAGCGUAGGAGGUAGAACCAAUGUUUCACAGCUCGUUUGAAGAAUUAGUCUCUUUUUACUGUACUGUGGUAAUUGGGUCCUGCUUUUACUUUGGGUUUAUUUUCCUCAGGAUUUGACCUGUUUUUUGUUCCACUCCUGUUGUUAGCCUCACUCCCACCACUCCCCUCUUUUAUAUGAAAAAAUUAU